GCACUUGACUGACGUCUGAGCAGACCAAUGAAAAUAAGCCUUUCUACUGGACCCGCCCUCCUGUCGUCUAACUAGCUACUUGCCGACUGAGCUGUUAAGAGGAAGCGGUAGAAGAGAAUUAAUCCAACAAAUGGUCUUUUACAGCCGUAGUAAUAUGUGGUGGAAUCAUGUCCUGCUGGCCAGCUGGGUUCUGCUGCUCGUCCACAUCCACAAUGUGGAGGCAGUUCCUAUCAGUAUUGACAGGACCAAAAUCAACAAAGCGCCUGAGAUGAAAACUGAAACCGCUCCAGCCAGUGUGGACACUGGCCUCCACUAUGACCGCUACCUCAGGGAAGUCAUUGAUUUUCUUGAAAAAGAUGAACAUUUCAGAGAAAAACUCCAUAAUACAGACAUGGAAGAUAUUAAGCAAGGUAAACUAGCCAAAGAGCUGGACUUUGUAAGCCACCACGUAAGAACAAAACUGGACGAGUUGAAGAGGCAGGAGGUAAACCGACUGCGUACAUUGAUUAAAGCAAGGCAUGACCUCGAAGGUGGAAAUGAUAUCGCAGUGGACCACCAGGCUCUGUUGAAACAGUUUGAAUACUUGAACCAUAUGAAUCCACACACGUUUGAAGUGGAUGACCUGGAUCGCCUCAUCAAAUCGGCCACCAACGAUCUGGAGAAUUUUGACAAAGAGCGACACGAGGAAUUCAAGAGGUAUGAAAUGAUGAAGGAGCACGACAGGCAGGAACACCUAAAGACGCUGGAUGAAGAUAAAAGAAAGCAAGAGGAGGAGCACUAUGAGGAGCUAAGGAAGAAACACGCUGACCAUCCCAAAGUCAACCACCCAGGAAGCGAGAAUCAGCUAAAAGAAGUGUGGGAGGAAACAGAUGGUUUGGACCCUGAGGAUUUUGACCCAAAAACCUUUUUCAAUUUACAUGACACUAAUGGAGACGGUUUCUUUGACGAGCAAGAACUGGAGUCACUCUUCACCAAAGAGCUGGAGAAAAUCUAUGAUCCUACCAACGAGGAGGACGAUAUGGUGGAAAUGGAGGAGGAAAGGUUACGCAUGAGGGAACAUGUCAUGAACGAGGUGGAUGCUAACCAGGACAGGUUGGUCUCAUUAGAAGAGUUCCUGACUGCUACCAAUAAAAAGGAAUUCUUGGAGCCGGACAGUUGGGAGACCUUGGAGCAGAACCAAGCCUACACGGACGAGGAGAUGAGGGAAUUUGAGGAGCACCUCGCUCAGCAGGAGCACGACCUCCGGCAGAAGUCUGUUGACCUCCAGAAACAGAGAGAUGAGCUGGAGAGACAACAGGAGCAGCUCAAUGCGCAGAAAAUGGAGCUACAGCAGGCUGUGGAUCAUAUGGAACAGCUCAAAGCUGAAAAACAGCAACAACCUCCUGAGGUCCACAUCGAAGGAAACGCCGUCCCAGAGAUCCACGAUCAAGACGCCGUCCACGUCCAGGAGGAGCAGCACCCCGUAGAUCCAGUCCACCACGACGCUUCCCAGGACCAGAACCAGAUUCAGAACCAACAAGGGGCCGAGCAGACGCACCAGGAUUUGCCGCCAGGCCACCAGGAAAGCCCACAGGACGAGAACCGCCUUAAGUGAAUCCUUCUCAGCCAGCAGACAUUUGCAAGCCAGGCUGGCCCCUUCUUCCUGACGCUCAGGACACUCGAAGCACAGACCAAGAACUCUUUGCUUCCUGGACUCACGGAUUUACAGGAUGGAAACUCCAACCAUUUUUAUAAAUGUCAAGAACGAGACUGGAAUCUUACUAAAUAUGUAAUCGUACAUUUCCUGUGGAACAAAUCCUCAUCAUUUCAAUUACUAAAUGGCCAACCACUACACAAAGAGUACAAAUGAAAUUGAAGUUUGCCACUCUAAAUAAAUCCUGCUUUGGCUGCUGGGACAAACCCAUCACCAUUUUUUUUUUUUACCAAUUUGCAUCUCCCCAGUCAAAGAUAAAUGUUUAGUGAUGUUUACAUUUGAAGGCCAUUUUUUGCCUUUGUGCACAUUUGUGUGUGGCAUGUGUUGGAUUUGAUCACAUUUUUAACUGAACUAGUGUCAUUUUUUUAAUGAAUUGCAAAUACCUUUUAGAUUACAAUGACAUCGAAAUACGUUCAGGAGUCCUGAUUUUUAAAAGGAGGGUAAAAAGGGCAAAACUGGGAUUUUUAUGUGAAGUGAGCUAACUUAACGUUUCUUUAGUUUCUGCUCUGUUGUGGUUUUCUAGCAACGCAACUUUAAUUGGCCUUCUCUUUUUUAUUAUUGUUUCCAUUCACACAAACGGCAAAGGUUUCACAUUAUUUGUCUGCGUCAGGGUUUUCUUUGCAAAAUGAUGCACAAUAGUUUGCAGAAGGUGUACAAGUGGUUCUGAUUUUGCUUGCUGCUGGAUGUCUCAGUUCCACAUAAUAAAAAGACUGCAACCUUUCA